AUGAAUUCACUGAUUGGUGUGCAGGACAGUACAAGAGCAGACACUACCUUGGUGAUCUCUCCUGUUCCUUGGCUACUCUUGGAUAUACAGUCCAAAGAAACUUCUUUGCCACUUCACACGCUAAAGGUGAACAGGAUGCUGCUGGCUCGCAUGUACAAUGUAAAGCAGAAGGCAACUACUGCCAUCCUCUGUAGAAGAGUCAAACUUCGUAGUGCCCAAGAACUGUGUGACUUUCUUACAAAGAACUUCUCCAGGCCAGCAGUGUCAUCUUUUCCCUCUAGGCAGAAGUCAGUGCAGCUGAAGCGACGUGUCUUCUUUAAUUUGCCUUCUUCUGGUGCACUGUCUGUUUCCCGAAACCGGGAAGGAGGCAGAUUUUGUACUGUGAAAGGUAUCCGGCAAUUGCACUCUGUCAGAACCGGUAGUGAACAGCUAAAGGUCUUCACGAGGGAAAGAGCUCGUUACUGCCAUGACUGCCUUGCUGAACGUUACAACAGAUGUGAAAACACAGAGUGGGUGGAUGACUGGAAGGAGGUCAAGUUGGCCAGGGAGCCUUCAGGCUCAACCACUAGAGCAACUGAGGAUGUCACAACCACUGAACAGUUGGUUCAACUUGCUGAUCUGGCAGCCAAAGACAGCAUUGUGGUUGUGGCAGCAGAGGAUGAUAGUCACUAAGAUUAUAAUCUUCUUAAAAUAACAAGUGAUGGCGUAACAAAGCUGAAGGACAAUUGUAAGGAUCCAUAUGGGAACAUUUAAAAAAGGACAGUUUGUUCUUCAAGGGAAAUUCUUUCUUAGGGAAAACAUAAUUGAUCAGACAUACAAACUUGAUGAAAAGGUGGCAGGAGUGCUUCCAGGAACUGUACGUUAUAUUUGUGGUGCCUUGACAUCAAAGGGAAAGAGACAGCAAAUAAUUAUUUCAAGUUCCAUUGAAUGAACACGAGCAAAUAUUAGCAUCUCUUUGACUUUCUUACAAUUAACGUGUUUCUUUUGUUAUUAAUUUCUGCUUAAAAAUUCCCUCAGAGAAAGAUAUAAUUAUAUAUUUUGUGUAAAAAGGGUGUGGUCACAAUGCAUGUUUGGUAAUAGUAAAAUAGCAGAAAAUGUUCUCAAAAAUUGUUGAGGUGGCAUUUUUUUGUAAUGUUAUCAUUUUUUAUUGCUUUUUGGAGUUACUUGAAACACCUACUGUAUUAAUUUUUCUAAAAAAUUUCGAUUUUAGGCCAAUGUUACACCUUUGUACAUGAGAACUGUGCUACUGAUCACUAGUAUUCUCAUUAUAUUGCAGUUUUGUGGUAAAUUAUCUUGGCGAUGUUGUGGGCAAGAGGCUGUGAACUCAGGCGCAGAUCCACACCGGUUUUCACUGUUUUAAGGAAAUCGGUCACAUUUUUCAUAAUGAAUAAUUUUAUAUUUUGAAUAAUAAAAAAACUUUCCAAGAUGAAAUCCUGUCUGAAUGACUUGGAAACCCUGGAAAGGGGACUUUAGGCAGUAAAAAUCCAAAAAAUUUGCUGAGAGAGCCCGCCCCUGGACCCGGCUUGAAGUUUGUGCCUUUGGCACUGGUUUGGGAAAAUCAGUCAGUAUUUAUCCUAGAUCUGCACCUGGGACUGUCCACACUAUCAUCAUCUUUACUAUUAUCAACUCACACCUAGAACUGGAUUAUUUUGUGUAAGGUUGGAACCUGAAUAGAACUUUUGUUGACAGUGACUAACGUUUCAACAACCUGUGCUGAGUUAAAGUGAAGAAGAAGAUGACUGCAGCACAGUUGUCAAAACGUCAGUCACUGUCGACAACAGUCCUAUUCAGGACUAUGUUCACUUGGGCGAUCAUGCUCAACCUACGUAUAACUCCAUUUUCUUUGAUCUUUUUUUUUUUUAGACAAGGUCAUGCUGCUGCAGUUGUGGACAAGAAAGUGUACAUUUUUGGAGGCAGCAGUGGAAGUGGUUUUGGUGGGCAGCACAGUGACUCCACUAGUGAUCCAAUUUACUUGAAUGAUCUGUUCCUUCUUAAGGGUAUGCAAAGAUUGUAUAGAAACCGUAAAUGCUAGAAAUCCAUGCUUACUGUCUUCUAUUUCAGUAGUCAACUUUAAACACUGAUUCUUAAGGUACAGUGCUAGAAAAAACUUUGAUAGAAAAAUAUUAGUUUUAGGUAUUUUUUGUCACUCUGAAGGCCUAUAAAUAUAUAUAUUUUUGUGAUUAGAACAUUAUAAUUACCAGUACAUGUACAUUUUCUGGUCGAGUUCAUCGUAAGUUGAAUGGCAAAGAAGUGUUUAAGUGUUGGUAAUUAAACCCCCUGCAGCUAGUAAGCCUCUGAAAUCUUUAACAAUGUAGAGCUUUUGGCUUAACCCUUGGAUAGAGAAUUGUUCAUCCAGUCGAGAGCAUUGUCCACCUUUUGAGCAACUGGGGCGGGAUAAAGACCUAAUAUCCAACUGAUAUUUGCAUUAUAAUUAUUCUUAGUCGGUGUACAGGUGACAUGGGAAAGAUUACAACAGCUUGGAGACAUUCCUUGUGCUAGGGAUGGACACACCCUGAGGUCUGUAAAAGCCGGAUUGUCAUUUUUAUUAAUCAUUACUUAAGUUGGUAUUUGAAUACUACAUCUUCCUUGUCACAUCAUGAAAUGUAGCUCCCAGUUAGGUUCUUUGUUAGAGUAUAAAACUGUAUUUCUAUUUUUGUUUUUUUUCCAUAUACAGUGAUUAAUGUUAAUGGUUUGGUUCAAUUUUUUUCAGCUUAGUUUAAAAACCAGAAGGUUUGAAAAGCAAUUAAACUGGAGAAAAUUUGGACCACAACAAAGAUGUAAUAUUUAUACCAUCCAAACUAUUUGUUUAUGGCAAGUGAUUAUUAUUUGACUUCUUUUAACUCUCCCCAGUGCUUUGGGCUCUGUACUUUAUUUAUUUGGUGGCUCAAAUUACCCAGAAUCAGAAGAAUGUUUGGAAGGAUUAUACGCUUAUGACAUAGGUAAAACUUUGUUGUAAUACUUUAAAAUUCCUAAGGCAUUGAUGUCGGUAUUCCUACAGAGGUUGAAUCUAACAAACUCAUUUUGCACUUUUAUAAGUGAAUAUAGUAGUUUACCACCUUCAGUUUUUUAAUACUUCCAGUUUCUCUCUUUGUUUGGUCAGUUUUUAUCAUACUGGUAACCAUGGUAACAGUGUAUCUUAACAUUUUAAUUUCCAAUAGUGACCAUCAACAAUUUUCUCCUAACGAUAUCCAUCAUACAUUGUCAAGACGUAAGGUUAUGGUAAUAAUUAUUAAUAAAAUGAUCAGCUUAGGGGAAAAUUAAUGCUUUGAUCUUUGAACAAAUUCUCUUAACUAAUUCUNGGCUCAAAUUACCCAGAAUCAGAAGAAUGUUUGGAAGGAUUAUACGCUUAUGACAUAGGUAAAACUUUGUUGUAAUACUUUAAAAUUCCUAAGGCAUUGAUGUCGGUAUUCCUACAGAGGUUGAAUCUAACAAACUCAUUUUGCACUUUUAUAAGUGAAUAUAGUAGUUUACCACCUUCAGUUUUUUAAUACUUCCAGUUUCUCUCUUUGUUUGGUCAGUUUUUAUCAUACUGGUAACCAUGGUAACAGUGUAUCUUAACAUUUUAAUUUCCAAUAGUGACCAUCAACAAUUUUCUCCUAACGAUAUCCAUCAUACAUUGUCAAGACGUAAGGUUAUGGUAAUAAUUAUUAAUAAAAUGAUCAGCUUAGGGGAAAAUUAAUGCUUUGAUCUUUGAACAAAUUCUCUUAACUAAUUCUUAAAGGAAAUGAAUGGAGAUCAGUUUGGAGAAUUUGCAUGUGGAUAUUGGGGUUUUAAGGGUUAAAAACACCCAUUAUUCUAGCAUUGACCUACUUGUAAGUACUGUACAUGUAUCAGGGUUUUCACUACGAUUUCAAGUUGCUUUAGCAUCCUAUCCAGCGGGGAGUAGCAAUACUCCUAUGCAUGCUCCGUGUGUGCUAAGGAGACCAGGAUAAGCUCCAGCCGUUUGGGCCUUUUAUCUUUUUUACCUUUUACACACAGAAAAAAAGGAGGAAAAAAGACAAUGCUACUUAUGUAUGUUAUAAAGCCACCUAAAAAAUCACUUAAAGCUAAUCGAGCUAGGAGGCAUUAUAGAGUACAUUGUGUCAUAUUCUGUGUUAUAAAAGAGGAGGCAUAAGUACAAAACAUUGUUACAAGUCAAACAAAAAACAAACAAGCAAACAAAAAGAAAUAAACUAAACCCACGUUGUAAAAUGAACAAAAAUCUGACUCAAAUAGACGACAAAACAGUAAAAGAAAUCAUUCAAAAUGGUAGAAGGGCAGAAAAGGACAAACACGCCCUCUACAUGUAGGUUGGAGAUAAGUCGGCGCUGAUAAAAAUACGUCUGUCCCCGUGACAUCCACUGUAGUCCUAUAAACUUGCAUAUGUUACAGGUCAAAAUUAAAUUCUGGUUAAAAUUUUUUUUAACAUAGAUUGAUUCUCUAUUUCUUUUGUCUCCUAGACCAAGGUAAUUGAGAAUCAACCUAGGUUAAAACAUUUUAGCCUGAAUUUGAUUGAGUGUUUUUCAGGAACACUCUCCUGGGAAUUAUGUCCCACCCAAGGUCGUCAGCCAAAAGUCCUAGGCCAUUCUGCUGCUGUAGUAGGAGACACUUUGUAUAUAUUUGGAGGAAUACAUCACGGAGUUGCUUCAGAUGCUCUUUAUAUACUAAAUACAGGUAAGUUGUUUCUAUUAAACUUAAAAUACAGCUAUAAUUACACAAUUACGGUAUAUUAUGUUAUGGGUCAAAUUGAUUACAGGUUAAAUGGCUUCAAUGUAGGUCAAUUUCCUUUAUCUCUUAUGGCUUGUUGACAAAGGAAAUUGAGAAUCAACCUACGAUACCGUUCAAGAUUUAAAUAUUUUCUGUUUUGUUACAGGGAAUUUGACAUGGACUCCUCUCAAGGCCUCUGGAAAACCCCCUCCUGCCAGGUACACAAAUGAAUAGUGUUAGUAAGACAAAGAUUGUAUUUUGCUGUUUGCUUAAGUACUUAAAGGUCACUGUUGAUAUGGCAUCACAAUGUGACAAAAACAGUACAAUGUCAGUAGCCAUUGAAACAAAGUUAGAACAGGAGACAGUCUCUUUUACCACAUUUUAGCAUGUUUUGUUGCGGGCGACAAGAGGCGCCUGCAGUCCUAAUUUCCAUGUUGUUAUUACGCAUGCGCCGCAUGUAUGUUGCCAGCUUCGUUUGGACUUCCACUAAAAAUGAAUGGAAUGCAGCGAACGCUAAUGUGGUCACGCGCGUUUGGACCUCCUUUCCCUCGUAAUUUAAUCGCGCGUGUUUUGACAUAUUUAUCGCGUGAAACUUACGCAAAGCACAGCGUUUGCGCGAAAGCGUUUUGACCUACGAUCGAUGUCGCUCGCACUCGGUAACCUUUGGUUAUUACUAGAAAUAAUGCUAAUAUCAUAAUAAAAUGUUUUGUAGGUGUGAUCAUGCAUGUACAGUGAUUGGUGAAAAGUUUUACAUCAUGGGAGGCAACGGUGGAGAAAAGUUGUGGUACAAUGACUUACAUGUCUUUGACACGGGUGAGCAAGUCAAAUUGCCUCAGGCCUCCGUUUCAAAGCGAGGCUAAGUGUGAAGCCAUUAAUAUACCAAUGAUUUUUCUUCUCGUGCAAAUAAAACUCAUUGUCACAUGAAAGGUUUUGCACUUAGCCUCUUUUUGAAAGUGAGAGGUUUUGUAACUCGGAAGUGGCCUAUUGAAAAUACCCGGUUUACUUUCUCAUCAACAACUAUAUAUAAAGCACUAGACUGCUUAAUUUGACCGCAUGCCACACCGGACGUAGGUAGACUGCUUUGAAGAUGAACUUGUCACUCAAGGAGGCUAGAUGUAGUUAGUGGAUGAUAAAUUACAUUUACAUACAUACAUACUCCCGAAAGGGGUUUUUCAGGAAGAAUCACUAUUUACAAGCGCUACAUUUAACUAAUUACAACACUCAACUUAGUACUAAUUACAAUCCUGAACUAAUUACUAAUUACAAUACUUUUUAAACUAACUAAGAAGCGUUUACAAAAUUACCUGGUUCCUUUAGAGACGUUUCGAAUAACAGGAACAGAUUGAUCUAAUUUAAGGUAAGGUUCUAAAUUAACUUUUGUGUUACUUUGCAGUAACCUUGAGAUGGGAAUCGGUGAAUGUUCUGGGUCACUUACCCUAUGCACGGAGCUUACAUACGAUAUGUGCCCACCAUGGCAAGGUAUAUUUGUUUUUUCUACUGAAAAAAUAAACUGUCUUUUUACUAAGAGCAUUAUUUAUUCAAAAUAUUUCCAUGCUUCUGAUUGGCGUAAAUCUCCCUCUGUGCGACUAAUUCGCCAGUUUAAUCUUAGGUGAUUACUCCAACACAUUUACUUUGUCAAAUGCAAGCGAACUCUUUUUGACCCGAAUUCCUAAGAACCAUAUUCAAGUUCAGAGAGAAAAAGAAAAUUAGGCUGUCGCUUGUUUACGUCCUCCAAAAAACGUGAAAUGAGGAAUUUUGCCCGUCGUAGACCCAGGGGCGGUCAGUCGGGUGGGGAUAGACGGCGGCGAAAGUUUUCAGGAAUGGACGAGAGAGCCCCUGGGAUGGUACUGUUAUCGAAGCAGUUCCACGACUCAUUCGAAUGUUUGUCUCUGAAUCGGAGGUCAGCAUCUAUCGCGCUGCUUUCGGAGUUUACCUGCGUUCUCGACUGUUGUUCGUAACUGUCUGGCUCCUGCGGGGGAGCUUUCUUCGAGAAGGGUUCUCAGUGAAAAUGGGGCCCACAAAACAGAAGAUGUCCCAUAAUUUAGCAUGUUAGCAAAACAAAACAAAACGAAAGGUAGGAUUUCCGUAUUAAAUGUAUGGGGUUAAAUGGACGAUGGACGAUCCAAACUCAUUUAGACGAACUUAACUGAGCCAGAAGUCGAUUUUUUCAUGAACUUAAGUCACUAAGUUUAGUUCGUCCCAUGAAAAGUUCGACGUUUGGACUAGGCGUAACGACGAGACGGCAACGUGAUUGUCGCUUAAAAAUAGAAUUUUCGUUCUUCCAGUCUUUAUCGCAACUAUUGCCAUCCACUUAUUUUCUCAAAUGUAGGCGAACCCUCCUUAAGUUGAAUUCCAAGGGACCAUAUCGAAGUUCGGAAAGAGAGAUAAAUUUCGUCGUUGCUUUUUUACGUUCCCCAUCAAAACGCAAAAGUAGGCAUUUUCACGCCGUAGUCGUGCAAAAAAGGCAAAGAAAUGUACAAAAAAUUGUGACGCACGUGCAAAGUUGUUGUUUUGGUUAUUAGGCAUUGUUUUUUGGUGUUCUCGUUACAGUCGCGCGUGGUUGGAUCUAAAACUCCGUAAUAUAUUGCUUUGCUCUUGUGACUGACUUUCUUCUUGCUUUUACCGUUUUCUAUUGCUGUAGCUCCCCAUUCACUAUACUGUGAGUAAACUGGGAUCAUGGUAGCCUGCGAGCAAGCUCUUAGGGCGCUCUGGCGGCGGGGCGGGGUAAGGAAGGAGAGCUUGCAACUAUGUCUCUGGAAUUUGAAUAUCUACAUCGAAAAAAUCGAUGCGAAAUGCUGAUUGGCGGAGAUGACAUUAGUAAUGACGUCAUUACCCUUGGGGCGUGCUUUCACGUGCCUUUAAAUGUUUGUUUGCAUUCUCGCUCGUUUCCGCUUCGCGCUGAUUGGUGGAAAUUAGACAGCUCAGUCGAAGGGGAACCACAGGGGAAUUGGAAGCAAAAUUCAAAUUCUAGAGACGUAGUUACAAGUUCUCCUUCCUUCUCCCGCUCCACCGACAGAGCGCCCUGGAGAACUUACUCGCAGGCUAAGAUCAUGGUUAUUGUUAGGGCUCACUUUUUUAAUACUUUUUGGGUUUAUUCGCCAGGAUAUUUACUUAUUUGGUGGAUCAAAUGAUAAAGCAAAGGUUCCAACGCCAUUCGAAGAUGUAUACAAAUUGAGCAUGUGUAAGUAG